AUGGCUCCAUUCAACCCAACGACGGAUAUUCAAGACCUUUCAGGCAAAGUAAUCUUUAUUACUGGAGGAAAUGCUGGUCUUGGAAAAGAAGCAGCUCUCCAGCUCGCGAAACACAAACCUGCACAUAUCUUCAUCGGAUCUCGAAGCAAGGAGCGGGGACUUGCAGCUAUCGCCGAUAUUGUCGCUCUUGUACCUAAUGCUACCCUCACUGUGGUACAAAUGGAUCUAGCAUCUCUCAGCUCGGUCCACUCAGCAGCGAAACAAUUCCUGGCGAGCAGCUCUCGACUGGACAUUCUUAUGAAUAACGCUGGAAUCAUGGCUGUACCUCCAGCAUUAACUGCCGAUGGCUACGAGAUCCAAUUUGGCACAAAUCACCUCGGUCACGCGUUGCUCACAAAGCUCCUCUUACCCACAAUGCUCAAGACCGCUCAAAAACCAGGAUCUGACGUCCGUAUUGUUACAUUGGCGUCCAGAGGACAUCAAAGGGCACCAGAUGUAGGAAUCCAUUUUGAAAGGCUGCACUCAACCAUGGAAGCAAGCUGGUCUUUUCUGCGCUACGGCCAGUCGAAGGUUGCGAAUAUUCUACAUUCAAAGGAGCUGGCACGGAGAUACCCAGAAAUCACCGCUGUUUCACUGAAUCCCGGGAUAGUCAGGACCGGCUUGCAAGACACCUUGUCUAAAAAUUCUUUCGUGGCCAAGAUCAUAUCCCCAAUCGUCAAUAUAAUUGCUUCGGUUGGGGUUGAGGAGGGUGCAUUAAACCAGUUGUGGGCUGCGACUAGUCCUGAUGUAAAGACCGGAGAGUACUAUGAGCCUGUUGGGAAGAAGGCUCCGGGUUCGAAACCGGCAAGAGACAUGCAGUUGGCUGGGAAGUUAUGGCAGUGGACUGAGGAUGAGCUCGCUGACCCUAAAUUUAUGCUUUGA